GGGAUGAACCUCCAACUGAAUCGCUUUAUUGUUCACACAGCUUUUAACGGACGUUUGGGAUCAUACGCCACUGUUUAUGAACUACAUCACGAUAGACGAGCAAUUUAGUUGAAUUCAGAGUGUCUUCAAACAACAGGGGAGCUGCAGUUCUGAACACUUUUGAGCAGCAGUAUGAUGCAGACAGGAGUCUGUCUGAGACAGGACACUGAGACAACACUACCAGAGCUCACUGAGCAGAACAGGAUCAGACAGAAAGAAGAGGAACUCAGUGGACUGGAGUCUGUACACAUGGCAGAGUCAGAGACAGAGUGUGCUGCACCAGGACUCAACACACUGGAGUCUGAGUGUGUUACAGCACACAGCGGGGUCAGUGAUGUACAGAACAGACACACACCACUGACUAAAACUGAAACUGAUCUGGGCUCCUCCCACACUGGGGAUCUUAUUAAGACAGAGAACCUCGAGUGUACAGAGCUGGGAUAUGUAACCCAUCUGCAUCCUGACCAAAUCAAAACAGAGACUGCUGAUGGAGGAUACCUUCAGGCAGAACACAUCAGUGACUUGCAGGAUAUUAAUUGUGUGAAAAUUGAAUUUGAUAGGAUUAAGUGUGAAUCCAGUGAAAGUUUAGUGAGUAAUCUCAUAAAUGCUGUAAUGAGUGGAGCUGGUGUUGAUCACAAAGACCAGGCUGAACAAUGGCAAUGUGCAGGAGAGCCAAACACAGACUGUAAAAAAGAAGAAAUUCAGGAGCUGCUGACCCAGUGUGGGGAAUUAAAUCGCUAUGACAACACUAAUGAACAUAAUCAGGCCAGAUUUGUCCAGAAAAGUACAAACAUUUGUGGCAAACAUAAACAGCGAACAAAUGUGACAAUUGAACCCAUGAUAAUGAAUUCAUGCAAAAACCAAAAACUUUUGAAUUUCUUUCAAAACCAGACUGUUCAUAGAAAUAAAGGGGACCUUCAUUUAGGAGAAAAGCCAUACAAGUGUACACAGUGUGAGAAGUGCUUUUUGAGAUUGUCUCAUUUAAAUAGCCACCAGAGAAUUCAUGCUGGUGAAAAGCCCUACAAAUGUACUUCGUGUGAGAAGUGCUUUUCCAGAAUGUCUCAUUUAAAUAGCCACCAGAGAAUUCAUACAGGUGAAAAACCCUACAGAUGUACUCAGUGUGGGAUUCAUUUUUCGCAAACAAGUGCUUUAAAUUGCCACAAGAUGAUUCAUACAGGUGAAAAGCCCUACAAAUGUACUCAGUGUGGGAAAUGUUUUUACCAAAAAAGUGCUUUAAAUCGCCACAAGAUGAUUCAUACAGGUGAAAAGCCCUACAAAUGUACUCAGUGUGGGAAAUGUUUUUCCCAAACAAGUGCGUUAAAUCGCCACAAGAUGGUUCAUAUGGAUGAAAAACCCUUUCUUUGUAUUCAGUGUGGGAAGUAUUUUAAUGCAAAAUAUUCUUUAGAUAUACACAUGAGAAUUCAUACGGAUGAACAGCCUUACAAAUGUCCUCAGUGUGUGAAGUCUUUCUGUAGACUAUAUGAUUUAAAUAGCCACCUGAAAAUUCACUCAGGUGAACAGACCUACAAGUGUACAGAGUGCGGAAAAUGUUUUUAUCGGAAAUAUAAUUUAACUUGCCACCUGAGUACUCACACGGGUAACAAGCCCUACAAAUGUAUUGAGUGUGGGAAGUGUUUUUCCCAAAGAAGUGAGUUAAAUCGUCACAAUAUAAUUCAUACAGGUGAAAAACCCUUCAAGUGUACGCAGUGUGAGAAGUGUUUUUUUUCAACAUCAUCUUUAAAUUUACACUUGAAAAGGCAUACACAUGAAUAUCCCUUCAAAUGUCCUCAGUGUGAGAAGUCUUUCUCCAGAAUAUAUGAUUUAAAUAGCCACAUGAAAAUUCAUUCAGGUGAACGGCCCUACAAGUGUACAGAAUGCGGGAAGUGUUUUAACAGAAAAUAUAAUCUAACUUGCCACCAGAGUACUCACAGGUGAAAAACCCUACAGAUUUAUUCAUGGUGGGAAGUACUUUCCAAAAUAUCUCAUGUAAGUAGCUUCCAGAGAAUUUGUGCAGGUUAAAAGCUCUAAUUGUACGCAGUGUCAGAACUGUUUUAGUGCAAAUUCUGUUAAGUGUAUAGCUGAGAAGUCAUACAGGUGAAAAGCUGUAUCAUUGUUCACACAGUGUAGGAAGUGUUUUUCCAGGCUACAUGAGGUAAUUAGCCACCAGAGGAUUUGUGCGGAAGAACGCCCCUAAAAGUGUGAACAGUACGGACUGGCCUUUUUAACUAAACCAGCUUUAAAUCAACACCAGCAUAAUUCAUACAUUUGGAAAGAUAGCCUUGUCAGCCUUUCCUGUUGCAUGGUAGUACAGUGUAUGGUUCCCCCUGAUGUAUUCCCUGCAAUGACUGGGACAAACUGGGAUCCCGUUUCCCUUUUACAAUGAGUGUUUGGGAACAUUCUUUUCAUUGUAAGGGAAUUUCAUUCGUAUUUCGACGGCUGGAAUUUUUUAGAAAAGAUGGUAGAAAGAUGGAAAUGUGUCUUGAAAACUUGUUUUCUGAAAAUGAAAUUGACAGAACUGGCCUGAUCAGUUUUCUUUUUUUUACUGCCAGCAUAGAUGCUGUAAUAUGCAUGUUCACUAAAGCUGAUCAUUACACUUCAGCCAAUAUGUUUUUAUCAACAUUUCAGAAUCUUUGUUUCUCUACUUUUCAGUGUUGUAGAUGAAUGGUGCAUGAAAUAAGUUAACAUUGUGUGCACAUUCCAAGGCUUUUAUGCCAUGUAAAUUUCUGCAUGGACUCUAAUGUCGUUCAGAGUCAUUGCUUUCUCAUUUACUAUCCCUGUUUAUAAAUGUACUGUAGUUUAAUUCCUGUUGCACAUACCUGAAAACACUAUUUGUGCAGUAAAUACGUUUUAUUCCUA